AUGGAGGAUUCCCUGGAUCAGCCCCAGCCCUGGUGGAAGAUCCAACUGUUCGUUUGGGAGCCAGUGCUUUUUGGGACAUGGGAUGGUGUGUUCACAUCCUGUAUGAUCAACAUCUUUGGUGUUGUCCUUUUCCUCAGGACUGGCUGGCUGGUGGGGAACACUGGGGUGCUCAUGGGCAUGGUCUUGGUAUCCUUGGUCAUCCUCGUUGCCCUGGUGACUGUCCUGUCUGGCAUCGGUGUUGCAGAGCGGUGCAGCGUUGGAAGUGGGGGGGUCUACUCCAUGAUCUCUUCUGUUCUCGGUGGGCAGCUCGGAGGUACUUUUGGCUUGCUGUAUGUGUUCGGUCAGUGUGUUGCAGGGGCCAUGUAUAUUACCGGCUUUGCAGAAUCAAUCUCAGAUUUGCUGGGCCUCAGGAAUAUCUGGGCAGUGAGAAGCAUUUCAUUUGCUGUACUUUUGGGUUUGCUGGGCAUUAACCUUGCUGGAGUGAAGUGGAUAGUUCGCCUUCAGCUGCUGCUGCUCUUCUUGCUGGCUGUCUCCACAUUGGAUUUUGUGGUUGGCUCUUUCACACACCUGGACCCAGAGCAUGGCUUCGUGGGGUACACACCAGAACUGCUACAAAACAACACGCUUCCAGAUUACAGCCCUGGGGAGUCCUUCUUCACCGUGUUCGGGGUUUUCUUUCCUGCAGCCACAGGAGUCAUGGCUGGUUUCAACAUGGGGGGUGACCUUAGAGAGCCUGAAUCCAACAUCCCAAUUGGCUCGCUGGCAGCAGUUGGCAUCUCGUGGUUUCUCUAUAUCAUCUUUGUCUUUCUGCUGGGUGCUAUCUGUACCCGGGAGGCCCUCCGAUAUGAUUUCAUGAUUGCAGAAAAGGUGUCUUUGGUGGGCUUCCUCUUCCUCUUGGGGCUGUACAUCUCUUCGCUGGCCUCCUGUAUGGGGGGCCUGUAUGGAGCCCCCCGUAUACUGCAGUGCAUUGCGGAAGAGAAAGUGGUUCCAGCCUUGACGUUUCUGGGGCAGGGGAGAGGACGGAAUAAAACCCCUGUGGCUGCCAUUUGCUUAACCAGCCUGGUGACCGUGGCCUUCAUCUUUGUGGGUCAAGUGAAUGUCCUGGCUCCGAUCGUCACCAUCAACUUCAUGCUCACUUAUAUUGCCAUAGACUACUCUUACUUCACCUUGUCUAGGAGUCACUACAACCUCAACCAGAAGCUUGCCACUGGCAGGAGGGAAGGCGCUGGGGCUUCCUGCUGCUCGGAGCACCUGUUGCUGGACAAAGGGUCUGGCUAUGGCUCCGAAGGCACCUUCCACGCCAGCCCUGAGGGCACCCUGUUGGAGUUCACCAAAGACCUGGAUCAACUUUUCCACCUCACCAGGUUAGGCCAGAACGGUGCGAGGAAAGGAGAGAGAGACAGGAUCAAGGAGAGGAAGAAGAUGAGGCACCAAAGAGCGACUAAGCAAACUCUGCAGGAGAGCUUCCUCUUGGACCUCAACUCCCCAGCCCCUCCAUCCUCCCCCAUGUGCUCGAGGACGGUGACCGCCUCCUCCUCAGAGGGACAGGAGCCUCGCUUCACCCAGCAGAGUCUCUUGAGGGAAGGGAGCAUGUCUUCGUCCCAGACCGAGGGAGACCAUGAAGACCAUUUGCUGUAUGGAAGUCAGCGGCUUCUUGAGCCUGACAGAGAAGAUUCUUUCCCAAAGCUCAAUUCCCAGGAACAGGAUGUUGAGAGGAGACCAAUUUCCUUCUACACUCAAUUGUGCAACCCGUGGGUCUCCCUGCUUGGGGCCAUCAGCUCCCUCGCUGUCAUGUUUGUGAUUCAAUGGAUCUACGCCUUGGUUGACAUAGGGGUCGCUGUUAUCCUCUAUUUCUACAUUGGCCAAGUCAGCCCUGGCCUUAACCCUGGAGCUGCUGCCAAUUUUAGCCUUUUCAAAUGGAUGAAGUCCCUUUUGAUACCAUCGUUCAGGAGACUGCAAUCCCCUCCGGAGCAGAUUAUUUUGACACCAUCCCUGGCCAGGGUUGACAUGGAGAUGACUCAGCUCACCAAGGAAAAUGCAGACUUUGCCUCUAGGGACCGGUACCACCAUUCCUCACUUGUGAGCAGGGAAGAGCUGAUAAAUCGGUUCUAGGAACUUUCAGGGAUGGAAACCUUUAUUUCCAGGAAGCUGCCCCAUGGGAGUAGUGGACCUACACCCUGAAACCAUGGUGGGACUGGUCCCAUUCAGUGUGAAAGGGCAUCUCAGCUUCCCCAUUGAUAAGAACACAGACAACUGGAGGAACAAUAGAAGAAAUCUGGAAUCUGGAGAGCUGCUGGCUAAGAGCA